GCAUUUUAACUUCUCUGAUGGAUGCAGCAAAUAAAGAACAAAUAUCACUUAGACCUAAAAUCCAUUGUGUCUACACGUCAGUCGGCAUUAAUCAUUUCUCCGGUUCCAGUUCGAUCAUAGCUGUGGGUUCAUCAAAAAAGUCAGUAGUUGAAACUAUAUUGGCAUUUGGUUCUAGCCAUUUUAUAUGUUUAGCUAAAUCCCACUCUCAUCCAAAUGAUGAAACGGUUGAUUCGAAUACAGAUUUGUCUCGGGAUAAUUUUCAUGUUUAUCAAACAUUACCUGGUCAUAAUGCUGAUAUAAGAUGCUUACGGUGGUUGAAUUGUUUUCAUAAUCAGAAAUCCUCACAAGUUUAUCAGCAACCUAUCUGUUUCCUAAUGUCGGCUGAUAGUUGUGGUACAGUAAUGAUUUGGGCCUGUUUAACUGAAAAUUUAAUUUAUUCUAAUGAAACAGACACCUGGCAAAUAAUUAAUAAAUUUCAGACUCCGAAUAACUCCACUAUAAACUCAAUUGAUGGUUACUUUUUCUCUUCAUCAGAAAAUGAUCGCUUAUGUUCAGGAACGUUAUUUCUAUCAGCUGCAGCGGAUACAUCAGUUCAUAAUUGGUCUGUUCAUAUUCCAGAGGAUGUACUUACAACUAAUUUGACUCUAUUACCGUGUAUUUUGAUCAGUAAUAUUACACGAAUUCCAUCACUUUGUCUGUGUCUCAGACGCUUUUGUAUAAAAUAUAAUCUACGGAAGUCCAUCGAUACGAUUACUGACGUAUGCUGGCUUCAUUUUAUUGUUCUUGGUCUUGACAACGGACAGAUGGAAAUAUGGUCAGGUCAACUAGAUAAUAAUCAGAAUAAAAAUGUUAAAAGUUUAAACUUCACAUUAAGCGCUACCAUUUCUGGGCAUCAAGAUUGGACUAGAUGUAUUGAUGUGUGCAUUGACCAAGAGUCGGCAGCUCCUGUUGUGCUGAUUGCUACAGGUGGCCAAGACAAUAUUGUUCGGCUAUGGCGUUUAUAUUCUCCAGAAAAUGACAUUACUGUGACAAAUUCUGGACAUGCAAAGGUUAACAGUCUUCAGCUUCCUGAAUGGUUUGACAUUAAUAAUAUUCAUGUAUGCAUAGCACCAGAAAGUGUCUUAGCCGGCCAUGAGAAUUGGGUUACCGGUGUUCGCUGGGGACCAACAAUGAACCGUUUAUUCCCUCCCAAUUUACUUACUUGCAGUAUGGAUAAAUCAUUAAUCAUUUGGCAACCUCCUAAUGAAAAUGCUUUAGACCCAUCGGAUAUGUGCAGUUUAUGGAAAGAAAAAGCCCGACUAGGACAUUUUGGUGACACUGGGUUAAGUCUAAUGGAUUGUCAUUGGUUGCCCAGUGAUGGUCACAAAGUAUUUGUGCACACCUACCAAGGAAGUAUUUCUGUCUGGUACCAAUCUGAUAAACAAUUUUGGCUUCCAGCAUUACCUUUAACAGGACAUGUUGGACCUGUAACUGAUUUAAGUUGGAUGUCAACAUUUCCUGAAGAAAAUAUUGCGGACAUUGACUCAUACAUAUAUCUUCUAACUGCAGGAUUUGAUCAAACAGUUCGUUUACAUGCAGCAAACACCAGUGGUAGAAAAAAUGAAUGGAUUCAAGAAUUUUGGUUCGAAUUAGCUAGACCACAAAUUCAUGGUUAUGAUAUGAAUGCAAUUGCGAGUAUUUCACCGAUAUGUUAUGUAUCAGCUGGUGAUGAAAAAGUUGUUCGUGUAUUUACUACUACCAAAACAUUUUUAAACUCUUUUAAAAAAUUAUAUCAAUCAUCAUCGUCAAUUUGUUCGAAACUCGAUAAAAUUCUUGCUGAUAACUUGAUACCCGCAGGUGCUGUACAACCACCACUUGGUCUGUCAAAUCAAACUGUUACUAGUCCAUCAAAUAAUGAUAAUAAUAGUGUCAGUAACAGUUUCAAUAAUGUUGAGGACAACAGUAAUCACAAUGAAUAUGUCAAUAAUAAUGAAAGUGAAAAUUUAGAUAAAGUUUAUACAUCUAAUGAACUUCCUACAGAAGAUCGCUUACAACAUGCAACACUAUGGCCAGAGGUGAAAAAAUUGUAUGGUCAUCCUUAUGAGAUAUAUUGUUUAGCAGUUCAUCCAAAUCAGCUUCUUGUAGCCUCUGCUUGUACAUCAUCAAAGCCUGAAUAUGCUCAUAUUAUAUUAUGGAAUGGUUAUUCUAAUUGGUGUAUACAUCAGCGUUUGCAACAUCAUCAGUUAACGGUAACCCAAUUAGCAUGGAGUCAUGAUGGAACUAGAUUAUUAGCUGUUUCGAGAGAUCGUACAUGGAGUUUAUGGUCUGAACAACUGAUGACGAGCACAACAGAGAGAGUAAAUAAUCAAUGUCAAAACUAUAUUCUAUCAGCUUAUCCCAUUAAAGGUCAAAGUCAUUCAAGAAUAAUUUGGACUUGUGCAUGGAGUCCAGAUGAUAAAUACUUUUUUACAGGAUCCAGAGAUUCAUCCAUUUACUGUUGGAAUGGUACUGUUAAAAUGCAAAAAUCAACAGACCACCUGUCCCCUCAAGCGCUUCAUCGCCUAGAUACAUACAAAGAAUUAGGACAGUCUGUAACAGCUAUUGAUAUUUGCAACACUUUCGACUCAGAAGGCUCGUCUAAUCUCCACUCUUAUUUAUUGGCUGUUGGUUUAGAAUCUGGAAACAUAGUUUUGUUAAAAUUAUACGAAACAGGCUCAUCCGAACGUGUGUUUACAUGGUCCGUUGUUUUAAACUUCCCACCAGCUUGGUGUCAUGUUCCAGGUAAACGAUUAAGGCGUAUUUCGUUCUCACCAAAGAAAGAUAAUGACCUCAAAACACCAAUUAAGUACUUGGCGACAUCUGGUGAUGAUGGAAUAUUACGAAUUUUUAAAAUCAAUGUACAGUCAUUAUAAUAUCGUGUAUGUAUACUAAAAAUAAAAUCAACUUUGAUUUUUAAUUUAAGAUUGUUUAACUUUAAUUCAAUAAAGAUUGUUUAUUUGCUAA